AUGAGAUUGCUCGGAAACACUGUCACCGUGCUGAGCAUGAUGCUUCCCCUUCAAGGAAUGUCGGCUUUGGCACAGAAUAUGUCGUACGGAGCCGAUAACUUCUACCGCAGCGAUGUUGUGAAGGUCACACCCAUCACCUUCCAGGAUCAAUACCGCACCACAAUCCAGGGAAACCUUUUCACCCGCAACAAUCUGACCCACGGCAUUAGCUCCCCUGCUAUUGUUGUUGGCCAUCCAAUGAGUGCGGUGAAGGAGCAGAGCGCAAACCUCUACGCCACCAAAUUGGCUGAGCAAGGCUUUGUCACCGUCUCGUUGGAUCUUCCUUUCUGGGGCGCCAGCGGCGGUGAGCCACGCAACGGGGUAUCCCCAGAUAUCUAUGCCGAAGCAUACAGUGCCGCCGUCGACUAUCUCGGCACCCAGGACUUUGUGGAUCGCGAGCGGAUUGGUGCCCUCGGUGUCUGUGGAAGCGGCGGUUUCGUGGUCAGUGCAGCAAAGAUUGACCCACGGCUGAAGGCUAUCGCAACAGCAAGCAUGUACGAUAUGGGCGCCGUAAACCGCGAUGGGCUACGGAAGUCACAGAGCCUCGAGGAGCGCCAGGCUAUCAUCGCCGCAGCCGCGGAGCAGCGCUGGGUCGAGGCGAAUGGGGGUGAAAUCCAGUACUCCGGCGGCGUCCCAAGUCAAAUCACAGCCAACACGAGUGUCGUCGACCGCGAGUUCUAUGACUACUACUUUACUCCACGUGGCGAGUUCAUUCCCGAAGGCACCAGGCGGGAGCUGGAAACACAACGGACAACUACCAGUAACCCGAAGUUUAUGAAUUUCUACCCGCUCAAUGAUAUUGAUUCGAUUUCGCCCCGCCCUCUUCUAUUCAUUGCAGGUGACCAGGCACACUCGCGUGAGUUCAGCGAGUACGCUUAUGCAAAUGCAAAGGAGCCUAAGGAGCUGGUCUGGGUGGCAGGUGCCGGUCACGUCGACCUCUAUGAUCGUGUGGGCCUCAUUCCUUUCGACAAGCUCACCCAAUUCUUCCGGGUGAACCUUCGUUAG